AUGUCAGCUCCUCCGUCCGUCACCAACCAUCACCAUAUCUCCCUUCAAACCUAUAGUUGGUUUUAUGAAGACUUGAAUCCCAUUAGUACUUUAGCCUCUCACGUUCACCACUUUUCUUUCUUCUUUUUCUUCUUGAUGGGUUCAAUUCAUCUCAAUCCUUCUUCUCUACUUUGGCUUAUGCAAUUUUUUUUUAUCAUAUCCCUUUGGUGUUGUUGCUGUUGGCACUCCCAUUGUCCCUGCAGAAAUGGCGAAGAUGGGAAAAAAUCGGGGGUGGAAAAUCCACAUUUAUACGCUAGGUUGUUGCUAAAAUCACAGCAAUUGCAUUUGCCCUAGCAAAAGAUGCAUUCACUAGCGUCUUAUAGAAUGUGAGUCAUAAACUAUCAUUAUCUUCAGCACAUAAUGCACUUGGUAGCAGCCAAUCAGCCAUAAAAGAAAACUACAAGAACACAAGAACUUUCAAGGGGGCAAUCCCCACUAUCUUUGAUUCAAUGAUUUAAAACAGAAAUGAAAGAAGAAACACCAGGCAUCUGACACUUUGCUGAUUGGGUUAAUCCAAAAUGCCAAUGGAAGAUAUCGACAUCAAAAAGAAACCACAACCAUUUCCUCUGUUUUUUCAUGACUCUGUACAUUUUUGGGAAGUUUGGUUUUCAAAUCAGGGAUUAUGUUAGUUGUUAUUGCUUUUGUUGUCUGGAAUUCAUAACACCUAGGUUUAGAAGACCAAAAGGAAUAAACAACUUGGCUUCUUAUAUUUUAAAAGUUAUAGAAUUAUAACUUUUUUACUAUCAGUAAUUGGGAAACUAUCAGAAUAAACUUUAUAAACACUUUUCGGGGUUCAAUUUCGC